GUUUAGUCUUAAAAGCAGGUUCCACAGUUUGAAACAGUGCACUGUUUUAGAUACCGGACAAGUAUGGUCUGGGAUUUUUAGUUUGAGAAAGAAUCGCUAAAAUGCCUAGAACUCAGCGAGGAAUUAAUAGUCUGUCAAAAAUAUUUGGCAAAAGCGAAAUUCUAAACGUGUGAAAAAGGGGAAUAUGCGGAUAUGUGUCUUGUUUUUCCUCUCUGAAAGGGAAGUAACCGAUUGUUGCACAACUCAAUUUCCACUCGAAAAUUAUCAGUUUUUGAGAUAAGUACAACUGAAGAGGAAACUCGCUUUACCAAGAUUCUCCUAUGAAGUGAAUGACAAAAAGAGGAACGACAAGGGACACGCAAAAACAAACUUCUUAAACUUUAUCCAUUAUCUGGACUAGAGCAGUGACAGAUCCAACCGCUCGAGUAGAUCCGUUUGGACAUAUUCGUCUUUUCCAGUCAAUGUCGCCUUGAACUCCAACGUGUGAUGUUAUUUUUAACGCUCUUUUGUUUUGCCUAAUUAAAGACAACCAGUCGAGUGUGACAGCUGGAAUGGUAUAUUUUUGCGAUUCUGAGUUUUGGAACUGGGAUUCCUUAUGGAAUUCGGAUGUUCCAAUUCUAACCAGCUGCUUCCGCCAUUCCGUGUUGGUGUUCGUGCCCUGCGCAUUCCUAUGGAUUGCUAGCAUCUUCAAUUGUUGUCGUGAAAGAUACGGCAGAUCAGAGAAUUUUCAACUUAAGCAUGGACCAAGUCCGUGGACACUGCUCACUAUUGCUAAAUUGACGCUGACGACCACACUAAUCCUCUGUAGCAUAGCUGAAGCAAUAUAUCUGAUAUAUGAAGACAGUCUACCAUAUAAACACAUUACGAAGGUCAAUUAUUUCUCUGUAGGAUUUCGCAUUCUUACUUUUAUCCUGGCCAUUUAUCUCCAAUAUGCACAGAAAAAGGAAGGGGAUUUGAACUCCUACACUUUGUCCCUCUUCUGGAUAUUAUUUUCUAUCUGCAAUUUUUUCACUUCCCCGUAUCUCGAUGUCCUCAGCGUCUCCCUGAAUGGCUUCAUCGAUCCUUCACUUUUCAUUUUUGGAGUUAUAACAUUUACUGUUCUAGUGGCUGAAGCUGUGUUGUCACUUUUCACAGACCCACAAUAUAAUAUCUUUUGGGACGCCGAGAAGGAUGAAUUUAUCAUGAAGCAUCAACCAUUAUUGUCUCGGCUGUUUUUCUCUUGGAUGAGCAGAAUCAUAUGGCACGGAUACCGAAAUGUGUUCGAGGUGGAUAAACUAGAUGUGUUGACGCCGAAAAUGAGAACGGCGUAUGUUCAUCAAAAACUGCAAAGUCAGUGGAUCAAAGAAGAAAAUAGAGCAAAAGAAUUGAUUGAAGAAGAUAAGACUGGUGUCAUCCAGAAGAAAAAGUGCUGCCAACGCGGCCCUUCUCUCCUUCUGGCAAUCAUCAAGGCUCUGUGGCCGUAUCUGCUAGCCGCGGCUGUCAUGGAAUUCAUAUAUAAUUUUGUUGUUUUGCUACCACCCAUUUUACUGGAUUACCUUAUCACCUUCAUUGGGAACAAUGAGCCUUCGUGGCAUGGCUAUGUGUAUGCUUCCGUCCUCUUCCUCACGGCCUGCUUCUCCACCAUGCUGUUUGUCCACAACCAGAAUCUCCUCAUAACCGCCUCCAUCAUUCCGCGCACGGGAGUGGAUGCCGCAUUCUACAGGAAGGUUUUGCGGCUGAGCAGCAGUUCGAGGAGUCGUUUCACCGUUGGCGAAAUCUGUAACAUGGUAGCCGUGGACUGCCAAUGGAUUUUCGAACUGAUCUGGAGCUUGAAUUCUCUCUGGAGUUGCCCUAUGCGAAUCAUUUUGGUGAUAGCUCUUCUGUGGCAGUAUCUUGGAAUAGCCUGCCUCGCUGGCGUCGGCGUCAUGCUGCUCAUCAUGCCAAUCAGCGCCAAGUUGGCCUCCAUGUCUCACAAACUGCAGAAGAGACAAAUGGGAUGGAAAGAUUCAAGACUGCGUCAGAUGGCGGAAAUCCUCAGCGGAAUAAAGGUGUUGAAAUUGUUUGCUUGGGAGAUCCCAUUCAUGAAAAGUAUCAGUGCACUGAGAGAAAAGGAAGCCAAAACUCUGAGAAAGUUGGCAUUCGUCAACGGAUCCGUCGUCUUCCUUUGGAUAUGCGCACCCUUCCUGGUUGCUAUCAGCUGUUUUGUGACUUACGUUCUCUUGGACGAAAAGAAUGUUCUAGACCCCAGCACCGCCUUUGUCUCCCUCACCCUUUUCAACACCCUCCGCACCAACAUGGCCACCAUACCGCAGCUGAUAGCGCAGCUGGUACAGAGUCGAGUCGCAUUCAAGAGAGUGACUGCUUUCCUUCUCAGCGAGGAACUGGAAGAGAGACCUGUAGAUGAUGACACUGCAAUCUGCAACGCAAUUGAGAUCGACGGUGGUACUUUCUGUUGGACCAAUGGUGAGCCUCCUUUCCUGCGUGACAUCACUCUUUCGGUGCCCCGCGGAAGUUUGGUAGCCGUCGUAGGGCGAGUGGGAGCUGGAAAGAGCGCCCUCUUCUCUGCCAUUCUGGGGGAAAUGCACGCCACUGAGGGUGCUGUGCGGAUCAUGAAGGGAGGUCGUCUAGCUUACGUUCCUCAGCAACCGUGGAUUCAGAACUCAACCCUCCGUGAAAACAUCUUGUUCGUGAAGCCAAUGGACAAAUCGCGCUACGAAGCCACCAUCAGCAGGUGCUGUCUCAGACCCGACCUCAACGUGCUCCCAGGAGGAGAUUAUACUGAAAUCGGCGAGAAAGGUGUAAAUCUGAGUGGUGGACAGAAGCAGAGAGUGAGUAUAGCCAGGGCUGUUUACCAGGACGCCGACAUUUACUUACUGGAUGACCCACUGAGUGCAGUAGAUUCACAUGUCGGGGCGCACAUUUUCCAUCACGUCAUAGGACCAGACGGAGUGCUCCAAAAUAAGACUAGAAUUCUAGCCACCAACGACUUUGGAAUUUUACAAGAGGUGGACAGAAUUUAUUUCCUGUCUGAUGGCAAGAUACUGGAAUCGGGUACUUAUUCUGAGCUUCUAGAUCAGAAAGGAGAGUUCGCAAGAUUAGUGGAAGAGAAUUUGAAAAAGGUAGAAGAGAGCAAAACUGGCGAGGAAGAAGAAGAAGAAGAAGAAGAAGAAGAAAGUGCAAAAGAUUCGAAGGAGAUUGAGGCCAAAAAGUUAUCAACAGAAGAACUAAAAGCUCAAAUGCAGCGAAUGGGAGCCCGUUUGUCGAGGACACUUUCCAGGACUCUGUCCAGAACUAGCUCGAUGGAAGAACCGGAGAAAAAGAAAGUGAAGUUCAUAGAAACUGAGAAAAUGGAAGUCGGCAGGGUGAAAGCUGGUAUAUUUUGGAUCUAUUUCAAAUAUGCUACACUACAUUUGGCCUUCUUCUUCAUGUUAGGAUUCACAGCAUUCAAAUGCUUUGAGAUCGCUUCCAACGUAUGGCUGAGUCAAUGGAGCAGUGACGCACCUUUACCAGAUGGAUCACAAGACAUACCACUUCGAAAUAUAAGAAUAGGUAUCUAUGGUCUUUUAGGACUAGGUCAAGGACUCUCCACUCUUAUUGCAACGGUUAUUCUUGCGGUAGCUUCCACGCGUGCUUCCAUUCGCUUCCACAGGACAAUGUUGUGGAGUGUCUUGAGAUCGCCAUCAGUAUUUUUUGACACGACACCGAUGGGUAGGAUACUAAAUAGAUUUGGAAAAGACAUCAACUCCGUAGAUAUAGACAUCCCCAACAAACUACAGAGCGUCACCACCAUUAUUGUCGCCAUCAUUGGUUCGCUAGUGGUCAUCAUGUCAACGCUUCCGAUUUUCAUGGUCGUCAUGAUACCCCUCUGCGUCAUCUACAUCUUCGUUCAAUGUUUCUACAUGGCCUGUUCCCGUCAGGUGAGGAGGCUUCAGUCUGUGACCUUGUCCCCGAUGCUCAGCUUUUUCUCCGAGUCGGUGCAGGGGGCGAGCACCAUACGGGCUUUCGCAGCUCAGUACGACUUCAUCGAUAGACAGGACAAGCAAAUCGACACAAACUGUCGUGCGUUUUACUCGUCCACCUUGCUCAAUAGGUGGCUUUCUAUACGUCUUCAAUUUUUGGGGAACACGGUUGUAUUCAUUACGGCUUUGCUCGCUGUGAUUGAAAGAAGAUCUUUCACUCCCGCAAUCGUGGGGUUGAUUCUAUCUUAUGCUCUAAGUGUGACAGAGAACCUGGCAACUUUCGUGCGGGUCUUCACGCAGGUGGAAAGUCAGAUGAUAUCCGUCGAAAGAAUACACGAGUACUCUGAUCUACAAUCCGAGGCUUCUUGGGAAACGGAGUGCGUCCGGUUCUCGAGGGAUGAUUGGCCAUCCAGAGGAGAAGUGAUAUUUCGAGAAUAUAACAUGAGGUACAGAGCUGGAACAGAGCUAGUACUCCGAGAUAUAAAUAUCAGUAUUCCUCCAGGACAAAAGGUAGGGUUAGUGGGGAGAACCGGAGCUGGAAAGAGUUCUUUGGCUUUGGCUCUUUUCCGCAUAGUGGAACCCGAAAGUGGCGUCAUUCUGAUCGACGGCGUUGAUAUUGCGAUGCUUGGACUUCACGACCUUAGGUCAAAGAUAACUAUCAUUCCCCAGGAUCCCGUGGUGUUCAGUGGAACUCUCAGACGCAAUCUGGAUCCUCUCGAAGUUCACUCGGAUGAAGACUUAUGGAAGGCGAUUGAACAAUCACACUUGAAGAAUUUUGUGCUCUCCUUAGAAGCUGGGUUGGAUCACCAAAUUUCGGAAGGGGGCGAAAAUUUAAGUGUUGGCCAGAGACAGCAACUGUGCCUUGCUCGUGCUCUACUGAAAAAGACCAAAAUCCUCGUUUUGGACGAAGCCACAGCGGCAGUAGAUUUAGAAACCGAUAAGCUCAUUCAGAGGACCAUAAGACAGGAAUUCUGGGACUGUACUGUCUUCACAAUAGCUCACAGAUUGUACACAGUUCUGGAUUAUGACAGGAUCCUUGUGAUGGACAAAGGCAGCAUUGAGGAAGAUGGAAGUCCAGACGAACUGCUGGAAAAUCCGGAGUCACUGUUUUAUCAGCUCGGCCACGCUGCAGGUCUCCUAUAAUAGACAUUUUAGCACAAUCCACACAAUGAUUAUUUAGACACUUUGUUUUGUGUUGAAAACAAGAAUUUGUACUUUUUGUUUGCAAUUUUGUUUUAUCCAUCUUUUUAGCAACUUUAGUUAAUAAACUUUUUUUUUGUA